AUGUGGAGUUUUACAAAUUUUAAUAGUUUCCUUGGAAGAGAUUUCUUAAAUAUAUCCGAACCUUUUACAGAAGAAUACACAUGUUAUCCGGUUUCCUUUAUUGGGAAAGAUGACAUGGAGAAUGGAAAUAAAAUUAUACUACCACAAACUGCUCUUAAUGCCCUAGCAAGAAGGCAUAUAUCAUGGCCAAUGUUGUUUGAAGUUUCUAACCCCUACACGGAGAAAAGAACACAUAGUGGAGUUCUGGAAUUUAUUUCUGAUGAGGGAACAUGUCACAUGCCAUAUUGGAUGAUGCAACAGCUAUGCUUGAGGGAAGGAGAUAUCGUUAGAGUCACAAGUGUCAGUUUACCAAAGGGCACAUUUGUUAAAUUAAAACCAUGUUCUAAGGAUUUUAUGGAAUUGUCUAAUCAUAGAGCUGUACUCGAAACGGCUUUACGGAAUUAUGCUACUCUAACUAUUGGUGACAAUAUCGUAAUUCAUUAUUUGGGAAAAACUUACGAGAUAAGAAUUGUGGAUUUGAAACCCGCUUUUGCCUGCACGAUUAUCGAAACUGAUGUUGAAGUGGAGUUUGAAGAACCCGUAGACUACUCUCAAAGUGUCCAAUAUGUAGAAGAUCCCCCAUCCGCUGAAGAAACCAAGUUCAAAGGAAAAGGACAAAGAACGGAUGGAAAAGUUUGUAAAAGUAGUAAGAAGGAUAAAGUCAAACAGAAAAUUGUUGAAAAUGUGGAACCAUGGAAGGAUAAAUUAGUUGGGGGAGUCAGGACCAAAUGUUCCGAGUAUGAAGAUUUGCUAAGAAAAGGCCGUAUCCCUGGAAUAAUCGGAAAAUUCAAGGAACGAAAAACCUAA